CGAGACAUUCGAUCAUCAUCGAUCGGUCUUUAUUGUACGAGUUACAGAAAGUGGAAGCACUCGCGAGACAGCGAAGCCGUGGUAACCGUACGAGUACUCGGGGCACCCUCAUUUCCGCUAUUCUAGUAGUGAAGAGAUGGAGCGUCGCAACUUGAGCAUGGGACAAAACAGAGAGGGUGUGUGUGUGUGGCGAGACACCAUUACAAGUAUCCCGCACACCACUAGAGGGAGAACUCUAUAUCCUUGAUGGCGACAAGCUUUGAGGAGAAGCUUAGCCAUUGCUUCGCACAAACGUCCAAGUUACAUUGAUCCGAGAGCGAAGAAGCGCUAGAUUGCGACUUACCGCAGCCCCCCAAGCGAUGUGGCGCUGCGAAAAAGGAACACCACUGGGCGAUCCUUUUGACGAAUUCCCAGUUUACGAGCUCGUAUCUCGAUUCCCCUCGCGCCAACGUGGCUGGUGUUUUGAGGGAUCGAGAGGAUUGCGGACAAAUCACCCCGACCUCUACGACUUGCGUAUUGUCGAUCUCGCUAUGGAACGAGCUGGACUUCACACGAAUGACAGGUCAAAGGAUGCGACUCUUUUCUUCUCUUCCAACGUGUACGAGUAUCAAACGGCUGAUCACCCUUGAACGCGACCGGACCAUCGCUCCUGGGGGACGAAACAAAUCUCUUGGACAUAUCAACAUCGACCUGCCCUAGUGCGUUAAUCUCUUCCCAUUCUGGAGUGUCGACCGUCGCAUGAUUUCACCACACCUCUCCCCUUCCACCCAAUCAUGCGGUGGUGUGGUUGAUCGCCCUCAUCCAUAAGUCGAUUCAAGUCGAACAUGGAGCAACGGUCCGGGUCAAGAACGUCAAGCUUUCCCUGGUCAUGCGAUUUGGAGCCUCCAAACUGUUAAACUAUGACCACGGUUUGACAUGGUAAUCUCAAACUUCGGCUAUGCUAUCUCCCUUUGCUACACCGAGAGGCUAGUCGGGGGAUACGAGUGGGAGAAAGCCAAUUAUACCACAUCGACCUAUCAGUACGAGUACGGGGAUCUUUGAUGAGAACCAAUGUAGUGAGGCAAUACCCUUGUCUUCGCUUCUGUCACCAAAACAUGCCUUACCUGGGAGUGUAACCCUCUAAUCGGCAUCCCGUCUACCCUGUGGCCAGUGGAGAGGGGAGGGCAGGAGAUGCGAAGCGAGAGUUAGAGAUGGAAGAGAGAGAGAGUCUGUUUGCAUGUACGUGGGUGGACGAUCCAGGAUCUAUAUAGUCCGAACCGUUGCGCCGUUGCUCGCCUCCACGUUCUCGUCCACGGGGAAACAGAUCUUGCAUUCAACUUGAGAAUCUCCUCGACUGCUGAUACUUCCGACCAUGGCUUCCGGAGUAGGAUCAAUUGCCGGCAUUGGUGCUGCCUCUGACCCUCGCCUUUCUGUCUCUGGCGAUGCUCCUGACCUUAACUCAUACCCUCAGCGAAUGAUCGAAAAGCUGCACGACCCCAGCAUCACCAUCGAGGAGUACCUGCACUAUGCCAAAAUCACCCGAGCCGAGGAGGACCGCCUCUAUGGUCCAGGCAGCGAUUAUCAAGCCACGGAUGGCCCUGCCACCGCUUUCAUGAAGGAGAAGAUUCUCCGCAAGCGUGCCACACGGCGUACUUCGAUCGCCCAGCCGCGUCUUUCCAUCAGCGCGCAGGGUGAAGCCCAAAUCGCACGACCGAUCGAGUCCGGUACCGAUUCCGGAAACGAAAAGACGGUACACGAGAAGAACUUUGAAUCCAUGGCCGUCAGUGACGAGGAGUGGGUUCAAGCUUCGAGAGCUGCUCGGACCGCCACCUGGUCCGCGGUGUUUUACUUGAUCACCACCGACAUUCUGGGUCCCUUCAGCACCGGGUUCGCUUUCAGUCAGAUGGGCCUCGGUCCCGGUGUCGCCUUGUUCACGGUUUUUGGUGGGCUCGGUGGGUACAGCGGUUACCAGCUCUGGAAGAUGUAUCUCCAGCUCGAUAGUGACCGAUACCCGAUGAAAGGAUACGGCGACAUCGCCUUCCGUGUCUACGGGACUUGGUUCCGCCACACCUGCAACGGCCUCCAGUCGUUCCAAUUUUUCCUCAACGUCGCCCUGAUCAUCUUGACCUCGGGUCAAUCCAUCAGCCAGUUGUCCAAAGGUAGUCUCUGCUUCAUUGUGUGCAUGGUCGUCUGUACCAUCUUUGGAUGUAUCGUCGGCCAGAUCCGCACUCUUCAGCGAUUUGGCUGGCUCGCUUCUUGGGCCGUUUUUAUGAACUUGUUUGUCAUCUUUGCAACGAUGGGUGUCAUGGCUCAUUCACCUCCCAACUACAAGCUGUACGCCGCUUCGAAUCCUACCUUCAACAUCAACCACCCCGACCCCAUCAAGGUCUCGGGUUCAGCGCCGCCUGGACUCGGCUUGGUCAACAACGUCAAUGGCCUCAUGAAUGCCGUCUUCUCGUUCGGUGGAGCCACUCUUUUCGUCGAGUUGAUGUCGGAGAUGCGUAGACCCAUGGACUUUUGGAAGGGGUUGCUCUGCGCCGAUAUCCUCAUCUACCUCUGCUAUAUGGUUUAUGGGGUCUACACCUACUGCAUGCAAGGACAGUACGCUUACAACGUCUCGUACCAAGGGGUCUCCCCUUAUUCGUGGCAGACCGUCGGCAACGUCUUUGGCCUCAUCACCGGUCUCAUCGCGGCCGUGCUGUACGGCAACAUCGGCAUCAAGGUGUUUUACAACAACAUGGGCCGGGACCUGCUGAAGUUCCCCCGGCUCGAGAGCAAGCGAGGGAAGUGGAUCUUUGUCUUCAUCGUCCCCGUCUACUGGAUCGCGGCUUGGGUGGUUUCCCAGUCCGUGCCCCAGAUCAACACGUGGAUCGUGCUGGUCGGGGCAGGGUGCAUCCUGCAAUUCACCUACACCUUCCCGCCCUUCAUGAUGAUCGGGUUCAAGGUCCAACGGGACGCCAUGCUCCCACAGGAGACGUUCGACCCCGCGACGGGACAGGUCCAGAGGGUGGACGGCGGGUUCAGGCGGUGGGCGCGAGGGUUCAGGAAGGAACUCUUGUGGAAUGUAUUCGACGUCAUCUACUACCUCGGUUCGUGCGUCACUUGUAUCUUGGGCCUCUACGCCGCUUUCAGCAGCAUGGUGUCCGCGUACAAGAAUUCACCAAACUUGUCCGCGUGGCGUUGCGAAUCUCCUACGGGUUGAGCUUUGAAAAUGCAGUAUUUGGGGAGGAGAUCAGGGGCUGUGGGAUGGUGGACUGGGCGGCGGUUGAGGUAUAAUAAUUUGAGGUAAAACACAGGACUCUUUUUGGGUCGAAUUCUCGAGUUUAG